CUCAGACCCGUCGUGUGGCGACCUCAUUUCCCACAUCAUUUUGCUCCAUUUUCGUCCAUUCCUUUUCGCUCCUACCUGCUCUCGGAGUCGGGUCCAAAUUCGCCGGCGACCUACCUCCGCCACCAUCAUUGUCGACUAAAAUGGCUAGUAGAGCAAUCCACCAAUUACUGACGCGGAGACUUCAGUCUCAAUCUGCUCCAGUUUUGUCAUCUCUUGUAUCAAAGAAAGAUCAAGAGGGAGUUGGAUCUACUGGAAUGAAGACCCUAAGAGCCUUUGCACUACUUGGAGCAGGUGUGACAGGGCUUUUGAGUUUUGCAACAAUAGCAUCAUGCGCUGAUGAAGCUGAGCAUGGUUUACCAUGUCCAAACUAUCCUUGGCCUCACAAUGGCAUUCUCAGUUCGUAUGAUCAUGCUUCGAUUCGUCGUGGUCACCAGGUUUACCAGCAAGUCUGUGCUUCCUGUCAUUCGAUGGGCCUGAUUUCGUAUCGUGACCUGGUGGGUGUGGCAUAUACAGAGGAGGAAACAAAGGCUAUGGCUGCUGAGAUUGAGGUGGUUGAUGGGCCAAAUGAUGAGGGUGAAAUGUUUACUCGCCCUGGUAAACUGAGUGACCGCUUUCCUCAGCCAUAUGCUAAUGAACAAGCUGCUAGGUUUGCCAAUGGAGGGGCAUAUCCUCCAGAUUUAAGUCUUAUCACCAAGGCUCGUCACAAUGGCCAGAACUAUGUAUUCGCCCUUCUAACUGGUUACCGCGAUCCUCCUGCUGGUGUUACUAUCCGAGAAGGGUUGCAUUACAAUCCAUACUUCACUGGCGGAGCUAUUGCAAUGCCUCAAAUGCUUAUUGAUGGUGCUGUUGAGUAUGAAGAUGGUACCCCUGCAACAGAAGCUCAGAUGGGGAAAGAUGUUGUGACAUUUCUGUCGUGGGCUGCAGAACCCGAAAUGGAAGAAAGGAAACUGAUGGGAUUCAAGUGGAUUUUCGUACUCUCAUUGGCAUUGCUUCAAGCUGGUUAUUACAGGCGCAUGAAGUGGUCUGUUUUGAAGUCUCGUAAGCUGGUGCUUGAUGUCGUCAACUAAAUCACCUUUAGUUCCUCUUUAAUACAGUGUUGUGGUAGGACUAGAAUUGGCAAUAAUUAUUUGUCAAGCAAACUAUUGUUUCUUUGUCUCGAUUAGUUGUUUCGACAUGUUUGUGGUGUUGGUGCUGUGGGUGACCUGAGAGUGAAAUAUACAAUCUAGAAGAGAAAUAAAGAGACUUUGUACAAACUAUUUGUUUUUCUGUAUGUCCAUGAACUUCUUGGUAUUUUUGUGGAAUACAAAAUUUUCUGGAUGGUUUCCGGUC